GUGCACCAGUGCGGGGACAGCCAGCCUAGGGGGCACUUCCGAGCAGGCGGAGAGAUUCCAAGGGCUGGGAAGCGAGAGACAAAGAGAAGGGAGGACAUGAGCGAAGGCGAAGGGGGAGAGCAGGGGAUCAGCUGAGUCAAAUCCCGCAAGGAAAACCCUUCCCCUCCGGCGCAUCCCUAAGAAGCGCAGGGACAGGUUCCCCCCACAACCUCACCCUUGGGGCAAGAAGACAAAGAACGGAGUGGCCCCAUGGGGAAAGGGGGAGAGCAAGGGGGGGAUUCGGGGGACCCGGCGGCGCAGAUCCGCUUCUACACCUGGGAGGAGAUCCAGAAGCACAACCUGAGGACGGACAAGUGGCUGGUGAUAGAGCGAAAGGUUUAUAAUAUCACCAAGUGGGCAAACAGACACCCGGGGGGUCAGCGAGUGAUCAGCCACUGCGCCGGCGAAGAUGCCACGGAUGCAUUUCAGGCUUUCCAUAUCAAUCCCACCUUGGUGCAAAAGUUUCUCAAGCCAUUGCUUAUUGGAGAACUUGCUCCAGGGGAGCCCAGCCAGGACCGAGGUAAAAAUUCUCAGCUGGUGGAGGAUUUCCGGACCCUGAGGAAGACUGCAGAGGACAUGAACUUGUUCAGAGCAAGUCCUUUGUUCUUCUCUCUUUACUUGGGCCACAUAAUUGCAAUGGAAGUGUUGGCCUGGCUGAUGGUUUCAUACUUUGGUACUGGCUGGAUCACAACCCUCAUCCUGGCCUGCAUCCUUACGACUUCCCAGGCCCAGGCAGGGUGGCUGCAACAUGAUUUUGGACACCUGUCUGUCUUUAAAAAAUCUUCCUGGAACCACAUCGUCCACAAGUUUGUCAUUGGACACCUGAAGGGUGCCUCUGCAAACUGGUGGAACCACCGUCACUUCCAACACCACGCCAAGCCCAACAUAUUCAAGAAGGACCCAGAUGUGAACAUGCUGCAUGUUUUUGUCCUUGGAGAUACACAGCCUGUUGAGUACGGCAAGAAGAAGCUGAAGUACCUGCCUUACAACCACCAGCACGAGUACUUCUUCUUCAUCUUCCCACCUCUGCUCAUCCCUGUGUAUUUCCAAAUCCAAAUCAUCUCGACCAUGAUCAGACACAGGUUCUGGGCGGACCUAGCCUGGGCCAUCAGCUACUAUCUGCGCUACUUCAUCACAUACAUCCCAUUCUACGGCCUCCUGGGAUCCCUGUGUCUCCUCACGUUUGUCAGGUUUCUGGAGAGUCACUGGUUCGUGUGGGUCACCCAGAUGAAUCACAUUCCAAUGGAAAUUGAUUCUGAGAAGCACAGAGACUGGCUGAGCUCUCAGAUGGCAGCCACCUGCAACAUUGAGCAGUCCUUCUUCAACGACUGGUUCACUGGGCACCUGAAUUUCCAAAUCGAGCACCACCUGUUUCCAACAAUGCCACGGCACAAUUUCUGGAAGGUGAAGCCUUUGGUGAAGUCAUUAUGUGCCAAGUAUGGAGUCCAAUAUGAGGAGAAGCCUCUUGGGAAAGCAUUUGUAGACAUUGUUGGGUCCCUGAAGAAAUCUGGUGACCUCUGGCUGGAUGCUUAUCUCCAUAAGUGAACAUGAGUCUUACUGGGGAGGUGUGAGUGACCGGGAGGGAUGGGAGGGAGCGGGGGGGAAUCACACUUGUGUCUUUUACUCUCAGAUCUCAGUCUGUAUCUACACACAUGGUUGGAGGGGACUUUCUUGUCUUGUCAGCUGCUUCUGGUGCAGGCUCAGGCCACCUGUUGAACCCAGACAGAUUUAAAAUGUGCUUCAGAGGAUGAAAAGCGAUGCCAGUAUUGCAUGAAACAGAAGGUUGGGAGAGGAUGAUGAGGAAUGUUUAAAAAAGGGGCAUUAAUAUCCGACCUUGACCUUCUUUUUCGCGAGAUCCAUUCUAAUUCUGCCUAAACCACACAAGCCCUGAUUCACACAUGAGUUUUUAGGCCUCAGAGAGUGUCUGCAAUCUGAGGACACAGCAGUCAGCUCAUGCCCCUUUCCCAUGUUUGUGUAAAAGAGGAAUUACCACCCACAGGACCGGCAGGUGCUGGACUGUGCUGGGGCUUCCAGCCCUGCCCAGAACCCAGCUCCCUCCUUUCCCUCCCUCCUUUCCUUCUCUAAUCAUAGCAUCCCUUUAGCCCAAGCUGUGACACUGACCCUGCACAACUAACCCCUAACAGUAUUUUUAGCAUCAUCCUCUAUUUCCAGGGGUCUGUAGAAGAUUUUUGGGCUUAAACAGCCCAAACUCUCCUUUAGGAGAGGGUCUGUUUUCUCUUUAAUGAGCAGCAGGUCUGGCAGAGCAUUAUGGCUGUCAGGAAAUGACACAAAAGACCAAAACAAGUCACAUAAGCAAAACUUGCUAAUUGCUCAUCAGUGCCCCAGAGGAGCCACAAAUGGUCUUUUCACCAUCCUGGGCUGCAGAAGCACAGGGUUCUGCCUGUCUGCACGUGCCUGGCAGGCACCAAAGUGCUUGUCAGAGGCCAGGAGCCAUGGCACUGUUCACUCUUCCCUUGGGAACAAGCAGAGAUGAAAAGGAGUUCUCCCUGUGAAAGGACGAGCUGCACAAACAUUCAAUCCCAACCCUUCUGGAAUCAGGACUGACCGGGCUGUGCUCAUGAUCUGAAACCUUCUGGAGAACCCUCUCCCGGGUUGUCUAAAACUCAGUUUUCUGCUCAACACCUAAUUACCAAAAUCCACUGAUGGUUUAUCAGGAGAUGUGGUUGAACAGCAUCCAGCUGCUUCUGUAACAGGCAACCUGAUCCCAGAUAAAUCAAGGGCUUUAGAUCAGGUGUAAUACAACAGAAAGGACACACCUUUUGGGUUAUGACAAAGGGCCAUGGUUUCAAAAGCAGCCUCCAGUUCCCAGAGCCAUCUCAGUGCUCACUGGAAACACACAAGAGGGAGACUCUGGUUACUGUUCAUGCCUCAUUACUUCCCUCAGCUCUGAAACUGGAUCUUCUCUAUCAAAUCCUUGAAUUCCAACAGCAUCCCACAGAACCAGCAAGGUGCUUCAUGAGCAGAGACAACUCUGGGACUGUGGCCAGCGUUUCAAAAAAAAAAAAAUGUACUCCCACCCCGCUGCCUUCUUUGGAAAAUAAAAUGAGAUUCUAUCUUUGCUUACAGAUGGGAAAUUCAGCAUCGGGAUUGCAACUUGAGCUACCUAGCAGUAGUUAGAGUUUGUAAAGGGCUUGUUCUGGUGUUCUUGGCCACCUGAAUAUCACUAGGAACGUUUAGGAUGAAAAACUUCUGUCUCCAGGGCACCUGAAGCUCAAACAGACUUGGAGCAAACUGAUUUCUAAUAUCGUAAACAACAACAUCCUUCUGGGUGCUGUAAUUUCCCAGACAGGUAGUAACAAGCUAGUCUGGAAUCGUGGCUAACCUCAUUAAAACUGCCUUAAAAUGUGCAUCCCUUCCUGACUCUUUGAAUGUAUCUCCCUGUCUGUGCCACCACAAGCCCACAGUUGGAUCAGCAGUGCAAGCUUUGAAAUAUUCAGCUUAUUCUUCUGACAGCCCACAUUUUUUGUCACCUCUCCAGUUCUUAUUUCCAGAGCAAAUAUUUUCCUCCUUAGCCCUGUUCCCUCUUCUCUUCUUGGGAAACUGUUUGCUUUGUAGCACCUAUAGAAACUGCUCAAAGCUUGGCCCAGGUAAAUAGUUCUGCUUUAGCAGCUUGGCUUUCCUGGGGGCCACUGAUCAGUCGACUGGAAGAACUGGUUUUCUGCUAAAAACUCAACACAAGAGCCUGGUCUGGCCUAACAGGAGGCAGCAGCUGAUGAUGGUGGUGGCUAAAGGAACUUGAAAGAUUCAAGGAGAGCAAUGAUCUGCAGAAGGAAAGACCAGCUCUCAGGCAACGUUUUUUCCCCAAAACCUUGGUAAAAGGGAAGAAGGGAGGACAGGAUUGAUCUUGAGAUUCAGCCUCAUGUAAAAUUCCUUUUCAUGAAAAAAAAAAGUUCAGUUGCUCAAAUCCAGAAAUAAAACCUGUGCACUGGUGGAGUCAGAGCUGAUUUCCAAGUGUCAUGGAUGGGCCUUGCUCUUGCAAAAGAAAAAGGUCUGUUCUCAAAAAAACAGGGCACCAGCCCUCUGUAAAUAGCUGGGCAUUUAUCUUCUUAAUUGAAUUUUUAUGUGCUAAAAGAUUGUCUGCUGAAAAUACAAGAUACUGGUAAUUUUA